AGAAUUUCUGCUCAAGCGCGGGGAUAUUUGACAGUCAGAUUUCUCACGCGGACGGCCCAAUGUCUUGGCCUUGGCUGGUUGCCCUAGGGCUCGCCACUGUGCAGGCACUCGACUUGCAGGUGACCAGCGUGUCGAGGAGCAACGGCAAUACUGUCGAGUUCAAGGUGGAUGGGCAGACAUUGAACGUGGCCAGCGCCCGCGGCGUCAACACCGCGGUGAUCAACUUCGAUGGAUCUUUGCAGUCCUUCCAGGUCUUUGACACCCACGCAGCCGGGUCAGAGGCUCUCGUGACCUUUGUGGACGGCCUCAGCGCUGGGACCAUUGUCCUCAUGGGCGUGCGGGACGAGGCCAAGGGCAACAUGAGCACAGCAGCCAAGGCAACGAACAAAUCAGGACGCCAUCGAGACCUUGGGGGCCGACCUCAUCGACACCUUGGUCUACCGAGCCUCCUAUGCCUUGGUGGGCGUCAAAGGCGGCCACGCCCUAGCGGAGCAGACCUUUGCGGACGGGGACGCGGACAGCGUGGCGAUGGGGACCUGGAGCAACAUGGAGACGGUGAACGUCACGGUGACCAGCACCUCCAGGAGUGCAGGCAACGCGGUUUCCUUCGCGGUGGACGGGCACAACUUGGUGGUGCAGACCGCGCGCGGGAUGAACGUGGUGGUCAUUGGGCCUGGGGGCAUUAUGGAAUCCUUUAACAACUUCGACACCCACGCUGCGGGUAGCGAGGCGCUGGUGGCCUUUAUUGAAGGCUUGCCCACGGGCACCUUGGUGGGCUGCGCGGCCCGGGACGACGCCCGGGGCAACCUCAGCGCCGCGGCCAAGGAUGCGAUCAAGACCUGCGGCGCCACCCAGAUCGACUCCCUGGUUUACCGGGGCGCCUACGCCUUGGUGGGGAUCAAGAAUGGCCCUGCCCUGGCAGAGCAGACCUUCCCCGAUGGCGAGGUGGCUGUAGCCUCAGCCCUCUACAGCCUCGAAAAAGUCUCAAGCUUCACUACCGAAGCCCCCACUACCACGACGCCGACCACGACUCCGACGACCACCACUGAGGCGGCGCCCUUGUGCUCCAUGCUCACCUGCUCCGCCGGCACCGUGCUGAAGCGAGCGGAGAUGCUCAGCGUGCAGAGCAGCGACGAGGCGGUGUGCUGCACGACUGCCGAAAAGGACAUGGCCGACGUGGGCGUGCGCAGCGCCGGCUUUGCGGAUGGGAACGAGGUGGUGUUCUUCGCCAACGGCGUGGAGUUCUACCACGGGCCCUCGCGAGGCCUCACCGUGGUCCUUGUGCGGCCCGACGGCACGCGGAAAGACUCCGCCACCUUUGACACCAUGAAGGACGGCUCGGACGGUCUUGCAGCAUACAUUGAUGCCAUCGAAGAUGGCACCAUGGUGCUGGUGGGAGCGCGUGACGAGGCCUCCAUCAACUUGACGUCGACGGCCAAGACUGCGAUCAAGACCUUGGGGGCCACGCAGAUCGACAGCCUCAGCUUCCGCGCGGGCUAUGCCUUGGUGGGGGUGAAAGGCGGCACCGCUCUGGCGGAAGAGAUGAAGAAGACCAACGAAGGCUAUGCGGUUGCCGUGGGCGAGAUGAAGAUUGUGAUCUCGGUAGAUGCCAACAAGCCGCUUUGCGACCUCACCGCCCCGAAGCCUGAGGUAUCGGGCUACGUGUCUCAGGGCAAUCUCAACUUGGACGCAGGCUGUCGCUACAACAUCUUCGAGAAGCCCCACGCAACGCAGUGCCUUUCAGGUAGUUGGAUCAUGCUUACAGGAUCCUCCAAUACAUUGCUCGAGUUCGGCAACUUGAUCAACUUCCUGGCGCCGGAGGAGUACGAGAUUACGCGGGACGGCGAGAUGAUCGGCGCCUCCGCCGUGGCGGAUGUGGUCAUCGAGGAUGGGAAAGUGGUCCACUGGGCGACGGUGAGCAAUCAGCUGCCGGAGUGCCGACAGGUCAACAAGGACUUGGCCAUGGCCAAUCGACCUGCCUGCAAGCAGGCCAUCGAAACUCUGCUGGCGCAGGCUCCAGCGUACAGCCCCACUGCCGUGCGCAUCACCAUGUUCAUCUCCUUCUUCUGGUACAGGACCGAGCUCGCUUUGCAGGUGGUGGAGGCCGACACCAAGUGGAGCGCCGCCAAGCUGGGGGUGGUCACGCAGGUGGGGGCCUGGUACAACGUGUGCAGCGUCACCAAGGAGUCCUACUGCCCCCGCCAGGAACUGCUCGACAUGGAUCGAGACCCAGCGAUCCAAGUCUUCAAGGAUGAGAUGGAGCAAGUCUUCGCACUGAUGGACCCCUUCUGCAAGACGGGGAGGGCCAGCGCUCUGGGAUGUUACGUGCAGACCAUCUCCUGGACCAACGGAGUGAGGGACAACGACAACUUCCAGGUGAUGAACGGCUACAUCGAGGAGCUGAUGGCCAGCCGCUGGUCCGCGAAGUUUCGGCUCAUCGACUUCUUCAAACUCGGCGGCGCCAUGCCGGAGGAGGUGAUCAACGGCCACGGCUCACAGAUGCUGAACCUCUGGUCCUGGACGGUGAUGUUCAACGCCAUGUGCCCCGCGGAGAUGGCGGCCAGGGGCUCCUACGCCCAGUGGACCGGCAACCUGUGCUCGGGCACCGAGGCGCGCUGGGAGAACUGCCCCAACUACUUCCCGGCCUGCGAGGAUGGCCCUCGCUGCGAGAAAUGGGAAUGCAUGAACAGCGUGCCCUGCACCUUGACGGCUACCGAUCCACCGGUUCAAGGAGACACCACAGGACUCUGCGAUGAUCCGGUGAACAUCACCUCCUGGCUGGCCGCUGGGGCCAUGGAGGCGGAUGUUGUGGAGGAGCCCUGCUUCAACGGCAGGGGCCUGCGCAAGCGCUUGUGGUGCGUGCAGGGCAUCGAGUGGUCGCUGCCGGUCGGCACGACUUUGCUGGCGGUGUUCAUUGGCGUGGCCCAGUUCCUGUGGGCCAAGACACACCCGGCCAAGCCCAAGCAGAAGGAGGCCCCAAAAGUGGUCACGGAAGAGAAGCGCAGCAUCGCCCUCUUCAAGUCGGAGGCCAAGGAGCCCUCGGAGAAGGGCAAGAGCCACCCGGGCAGCCCGGCCUGCUCCGAGGGCGAAGCGGCUCCCGACUUCGCUCUGGAGAUCAACGAGGAGGUGAACCGCUCCAAGACGGAGAAGAGUACCAAGACCCAUAAGAGCGACGUGCCCAACGAGCGGGACGCGUCCCCUUCGCGGGGCUUGUCGAGGGCGGCUUCUCGCGCCGCCUCCAGGAAGGAGGAGGAGUUUGCUGACGUGCUGGCGCCGCAGGAGGAGUUUGCUGACGUGCUGGCUCCGCAGGACUUCCGGUCCAAGAGUAAGGCCACGCUGAAGUCUGAGGCGAAGUCCGAGGCGGAGAACAACGAGCCCGUGAAGCCCAUCUCUGAGGCCAACGAGAUCAGCAAGGCGGCCCCGGUCGUGGCGGCGGCGGCCCCGGCCCCGGUCGUGGCGGCAGUCGUGAUGGGGCCCGCCGAGAAUGUGAUGCUUGAGACACGAGCGGAGUCCAAGGAGAACCAGCAGAUCAAGCUCCGGGCGGCGGGGAAUAAGUAUCCCCUUGGCCUGGCACGGUUCAUGGGCUCCACCCACGUGGUGGUGGGGCACUUGUUCGCAAAGGGCGUCACGGAUCCGAUCUACUUCUUUGGCUGGGGCUUCACCUGGGUGCCCUGGUUCUUUAUGCUCUCCGGCUUCGUGCUCUUCAGCGCCUAUCUGAAGAACCCCAAGGAGGAGACCAUGAUCCAGUACGUCCUGCGACGCAGCACCACUAUCUACCCGCUGUACGCCUUCUCUUUGAUCCCUGCCUUCAUUCUGGGCAAGGUCUACGGCACCAUGCAGGCGGAGUGGCCCACGCUUCUGGCCCAAAGUUUCCUGAUGCAGGCCUGGGUGCCCCACUUCACGGAGAACGCCCUGCAGAUGCACUGCUGGUUCCUGAGCUGCAUGGUGGUGUACUGGUUCUUCUUCAAGCCCUUCGCCUGCUUGUUCAGGUACCUGAACCUUCUGGGCACCUUCCUUCUGAUGGGUUUCUUCUUCUUCCUGCCGUGGCUGCUGAUCCUCAUCCCCGUCUUCGCCUCAGAGCCCGUGGACUGGUACAAGGAGCAUGACUUCUACGCCACUGACACCUUCCUGAACAUUGGGGUGAUCAUGCUGAAGUACCACCCUCUUUGCUAUUUCCACGUCUUCAUCCUGGGCAUGCUCCUGGCCAAGUUGCGGCAGCUGCUGGAUUGCUAUGCUGCCUCCUCGCCGCACGGAUGCUUCUCCUGGCGGAACCCCUUCAACGUGGGCUUGCAGUUCGUGGCGCCGCUGGGCUACCUGGCGCUGUUCCUGGUCUUCAGUGUCCAGGAGUUCAAUGCCAAGGCAUGGGGCUACAAGCUCUCGGCCCGGGUUUCGGUGCUGCUGCCGUUCCAGGCGAUGAUCCUCUUUGGCCUGGCGGGUUUGCCCAGCCUGCCGCUGCCCUUCUUCUCCUAUGCCUUCUCCCAGUUUGACUUCCUGGAGAACUACUCCUACGCGGUGUAUGUCUUCCAAUUCCUGACCUACGCUGUGUGGCCGCAGACGGGCCAGGUGAGCAUCUUCUUCUUCCUGGUCUUCACCUAUGCCUCCGCCUUCGUCAUUGCAAGGUGCAUUCAGCAGCCGAUCCAGAAGUGGUGGGCCGCGCACACCCGGGCGCGCCUGGUGGUGCCCUUCAUUCUGGCCACGGCCCUGGUGGGAUUCAGCUUCCUGCCGGAUCCUUCCAUCGACACCAGCCUGCCAGAUGUGCCGGCGCAGAUCGUGCUGGAUAACCGCACCAUCGACAUGCGCUUGAAUCUGCUGGACCGCGAGGGCCAGCGACAGGAGGCCACCCUGAUCAACCCCUCACUGCUGAUCCAGAAUGGCCAGGUCCACGUGGUGGCGCGGCGCCACCGGCGGGAGACGGUGCAGAGGAACGGGCGCUAUGAUGGCCCCGACGGCAGCGGAGAUGCUGUAAUCAUCGAGCAGCUGUGGCACUCAGACAUUGUGAUGGGCAGCAAAGCCAUCGAUGCAGAAGCAUGGAAGAACUGGCCCACCAGCGGCACGAGUCCACUGGCGGGCACGGAGCUAACGAAGUGGGGCGGCCUGCGCACCGUGCAGGGCGCGGAGUGGGCUGACUUGUGCGUCAUCGAAACCUGGAUCCCCUCGAACAACACCCUCAUCCGCCUGAAGGUGACGGGCCCCGAAGACCCCAAGGCGGUAGACCAGGCGGGCAACGUGGUCAUGGCCUUCGACUCCAAGCCCCCGCACCACGGGGACCUCUCCAUCUGCAGGAGGAACCAGCAGGGCUUCGCCGACGCGGUGACGCAGAUGUACCUCUCCGCCGGCGUGCAGAUCGACCAGCCCGAGAUGCCCAUGAUGGGCUACCGGCUCAGCUACGGCCAAGCAGACGUGGCCGAGAAGAACUGGAUUCCCUUCGUUUACAAGGGAGCCUUGCAUUUCGUGUACACGCCCAUGCCUCACGUGAUCGUGUCGGCGCAGCAGGACGGGUCCAGCGAGAAGGUCUACAGCUCCACCUUCCGACCCUUGCAGCGAAUUGUCCAGGAGGCACCCCACGUGCAAAUCCGGGGCUCCGCGCAGGCGGUCUUCGUGAAUGACACCUCCCUGACCCCCAGCUUGGCGGCGCCGCACUACUUGGCUUUGCUCCACUUGUUCGACGCCAAGACCGGGAGAUACGCCCACCAUGCCUACCGCUUCGGGGCAGAGCCCCCGUUCAUGAUGCUUCAGCUCUCAUCCCAGCUGCCCCUCACAGAGGCGGCGGCGACGCCGGGAGGCACCGCCUUCGCCUUCGCCUCCGGGCUGGCGGUGCAGGGCUCCACCGUAGUCAUCACCUACGGGGCCGGGGACCGCGACGCGCGGGCGCUGGUGAUGACCAUGGACCGCCUGGACGACAUGUUCAAGUGCUCCAGCUACGCGGAAAGCUGAGCUCAUGAAAGUUGGCGUGCUUAGGAUACUUUGGCUUUAGGGCAACAAUUGCCCGGAGCUGGAAUUGCUUUGGCAACUGCAUGGAGCCACAGGCCAACAGUUCAUGUUGCUUUCGCCAAAUGGCGAAUUGUCAACUUGCAAUCGUCCGGCCUAGCGGCGAAGACAAUAUUUUCCACCUAUAGUUUGCAUCCAUCAGCUUUCUCAUUAGGAGUGCAUGGGCACUGCCUUUGCAAUGCUCUCAUGGAGAACUACAUUCUACAUCGGCAUUCCUUGCU